GUCCAUUACACACAGAUCCUAAGAUUAUUAUUUUUAACUUUCAUAUCAAGUGUUCUCAGUCGUAAAAGUAAAGGGUUGCUACGUUUUUUUGUUUUUUGUAACUGAAUUUUUUUUUUUUCACCUGUGUUAGGUCUUGGGGUAUCAGCAAGGAUGUGUUUCUUUUUUCCUUUCUUUUGAAACGUGUAAGUUGAAUUUUAAUACAAAUUAAUGGAAAAUUUCAUUUCAAUAUACUUUAUAUUAACCGUAUCGUUUAUGACGCGAGUAAUGCUCAAACUCAAUAAAGAACAGGAAUGUUAUAACUUAAAACACAUCGUUCGGGUCCUUCAAAGAAUAGGUCUAUUCACAAGUCCAGUGUUGGGAUUCCCCAAUGUGACGUCGCUUAGGGUGAGAAAACUCUUGGCAAAAACCCAUACCGUUAACUCAAGUUUUAAUUAACUAAUUAACUUGAGUUUGGGUUAGUGUCACCUGGUACAGUAAACUGUAAACUCAUAACUCAUGUCGUAGCCAUAGUGUCACCCACCCUUUAGGGGGGGGGGGGGGGGGGGGGGCGACUUCCAGGAUGGAUUUGUUAUUGUUAAAAUAAGUCCACAGUAUAAAAAGAACAGAAACAAAUUAAUUAAUCGUUAGGAGUUAAGUGUAUUUAAAAACUGUAACAAUGUUAAAUUAUAGUUAUUUUUAUAUUAAAGUCACUUUAUUUAAAUUUUUCUUUCCUGGUUUUCUAAGCUGCAAAGCUGUCAAUCCAUUGGCCUUGACCAAAAUCAAUGACAAUAUCCUUAUCAGUAACUCAUCAUAGAAAGAGGUUAAUUUUGGAACGACACCAAAACUCUUCUUUACUUACUGAUAGUAGACUCUUAGGUUGAACAGCACUAACAUAUCUGCUACUUCCUUGAUCGCUGAUGAUCUGAUCUGGAGUUCAGAAUGAAAACAUCAUCUUUACAUUCCAUUUCAUCAUCUGGCUACUGUUUUCUUCUCACAGAUAGAGCCCAGCAUCUAUUAAUUGUUCUCCUGCCUUUCACUUCUUAAACCUUAAUCUUCUCUCUACAAAAAAUUCCAUAUUGGUCUAAUUUUAAAAGUACCUUUUCAAUAGCAUGUUCCACCAAGUGACAGGCUUCUCGUGCAGAAACCAUCUUAAGGCCUCUAGGUUGGUCACCUCUUUGGCAAGAGUAAACCCUUUGGUAUAGUCUGCAGAUACUUCCGUAAAAGAUUAACUUCCUCAAAUAGAUCAGCUCAAAGGUAAAGGUAGCAGAUAAACAUGAAAUCACAGACAGCAUGUAAAAGACCUUCUUCUAUAUUAUCUUUAGGGCCCACUAUCAAUGUAUUGAUCUUUCUGGCUCUUAUUUAUGGAGAGGGAUUUGCUAUUUUUCUGUGCCUGGUUUUGAAGAGGAUAAUUCUCUAGUUGCAAGGGAAUGGCUACAACAGGAACUGGGGGUUGAAAGGGCUGAGGCAAGAGACAGACACAAAUGAAUCAAGUGUUUUCACCUUAACUGUUCAUUUUGGAAGCUUGUUCCAGUCACUGAUUGUCCUUGGCAUGAAUAAGCAGUUCCUGUGCUGAGUUCUUGCUUUAAUGAGCCGGGACUGCCUGUCAUGGCCUCAUCGCUGUCUAGGGGGGAGAGGGGCGAGUUUCUGUUUAAAACUGGAGGAGUGGACCAGUCAAUUUUUAUCUUUUACAUCAUGGAGAGCCUGGAUAAUUGUCGUUCUUCCAAUGGUGACCAAUCCUGUGUUUUCAGCAUACUGCCAACACUUGAGGUGUUCCUGUAGCUGUUCAAGACAAAGCGUGCUGCCUGUCCCUGGACCUCCUUCAACCUGUCGAUGCUCUUCUGGGUGAAUGGGUCCCAAACUGAAUAUGUGCUAUCUAGGCUUUAUAGGCUUUUUCUUUCACACUGUGCUGUAUGACAACUGUGCUCUAAUGUUAAGGGGCGGAACUAGUGACGAAUCUGCGAAAAUAUUAAUUUGGAACAUUUUUGGGUUUCGAAAUAUAUGCAGCCCUAUUUACCCUCAUACUCUUAAAAUCGUAAAAUAUCAUCAUAAAAUCGUUCUAUACACUAUAUUUAUUGUAAUAAAUAAACAUACAGUAAAUACAAUCUAUAUACCUCAAAAUUGUACAUUGUAUGCCAAAAUCGUAUGAGUAAACAGGUCUGUAUAUGGUUUCAAAAACAUUUUUUUAAAAAUUUAAACAAAUUUUAAUUAAUUAUUAAAAGAUAUUAGAAUAAUUUGUAAAAUAUUAUUUUGUUAACCCUAUAAAUCCGUAAAAAUUCAUUUUUAAAUGUUUUUAAUUUUUACCAAUUCGAUUGAUUUACUCAGAAUUGCCAAACCAUCUUUGAUAUCAAAUGGAAAGCUUUGUUUCUCAGAAUUUAAAUAGAUAUAGCUUUCUGUCAUUUAUGAAAGUUAAAAAACAUUUCAAUCGCUGUUGAAUAAUGGUCAAAAAGGUUUUUCUGAAGCAUCAACAUUGAACUUUUAAUAAAGCACGCAUUUGGAUUGGUUUUACGUGUGGAACAUUUAAGUGUGAUUGGUUAUCCUUUUAUUAAAUUUGGUUGGACAGAGCAGUGUAUGCUCUGUAGAUAUGCAAUUUUUUAAUUGGGUGUCACCCCUGAGAUGGUGUCACGCGGUACGGUCCGCAACCCCCCUAGCUAUGCCACUGUAACUUAGUAUAUUAAAAAUGAUGAAGGGCUAGUGACUAGUCCUCAGAGGAGCUAGAGGCCAUCUAUAUAAUAUGAUAUAUCAUAAUAUAUGACAUGACUCAUGAUGACAUGUUAUUUUUGCAAAAUUUAUCGCCCCCCUCCCCUAACAACAAAACAGGAUAUUUGAUACCCCCUCUCCCCCCCCCCCCCCCCAGCUCUCCGCCAAUGCCCCCCUCCAGAUGUGUGACAUGAUAUAUGAUUGGCCCCCUAAUCAUUUUAUUUUUUUUAAACUGACUUGUAGGGCAUGUUAAAAACUAAAAUUUGAAUAUCAAAGAAAUUGUUAAAAAAUGAAACAAUUCUUUUUAACUUCAAGCCUCAUCCUUGAGCUGUAAAGAUAGAAAUGGACGCUGAUACUGAUGUAAUUCUCCCAGCAGCUGGUACAAGUGAAAGGAUGAAAAAUUCUAUUGCCAAGCAAUUUCUCAAAAUUCUUGGUAGACACAUCAUUGCAUACACAGUUGAUUCUUUUCACAGGUGAAAACUAUCCCAGUAAUUUAAUAUUUACAGUUCUUUUUCUUCUGUAAAUGAGGUUUUAAAGAUGGGUUAACAAUAUUGCACUGCAUUUUAUUUUUCAAUAACAACUUUCUUUUUAUUUAUUUUUUUGUGUCAGGUUAGUGUACAAAACUUAAUUUUAAAUUUAUGAUUUUUUAAAAACACUUUAUUAAUAGUAAUAAUCUUUAAAGUUAAUAUCUUUAUACUAGGAUCCCACGGAUUCGUCACAUUAUCAUUACUGUCAAUUCUAACCACGUAGAGUCAACUCAGAAGCUAAUGACAAGCUAUGGUUUUGACAAAACCAUUGUGACGUCUGGGGGCGAAACAAGACAUAGGUCCAUAUUUUGUGGUGUGAAGGCUCUGCAGCAACUACCAGGUGAAUUUAACAACUUAGGUUUAUCUUUAUAUAUCACAAUGUCUACUUAAAAUCGAUCAGUUAUGAUUUCAUUGUUAUGUAUGGACUCAAUGCAUAUAUCUGAAAGUACAUUUUUAACUGAUAAAAGUUAUCUGCUUUUUUUUUUUUUUUUUUUUUUUUUUAAAUUUUUUUAAUUUUUUUUGGGUAGCACAUUAAUUCCAAUUAAUUGCAAUUUUUUUUUUUUUUUUUUUUUUUUUUUUUUUUUUUAAAUCUUAUUAAUUUAUUUGAGGUAGCACACUAAUUCCAAUCAAUUGCAAUUUUUGUUAUUUUUUGUUCAAAUAAUAUUGGGUUUAUCUAUGAAAUAAGUGACUACGCAAACUAAGUUGAGAGCAAUGUCACUUCUUAAUGUAUGUUUCUCCAUUAGGCUAUUCAGGCUCCAGUAUUGUUAUUAUCCAUGAUGCUGCUCGACCGUUUGUGCCAGAACAUAUCACUUUGAAAGUAGCCGAGUCAGCUCAUUUAUUUGGCGUAAGAGAAACUUUACUUACAAUUUUUAAUUACUUUAAAUCAAUAUAAUAAAAACAUGUUGAUUUUAAUAAAAGAUUUGGGAAUAUUUUAUGAAUUCACUUAAUCCAUCCUUGCAGAUUAAAAUAUUGAUCUCUAUUUCAACUUAAUUCUGUACCAAAGAAUGUAAAAAAAAAUGUAUUGUUCAAUCUUUAGUACAACUUAAACCUACUAUUUCCUCCUGCUUUUAAAGUUUUUAUUUUACUGCUAUUCAUCUAGUCUUGUCAUCAACAGAAUUUUUAAUAUCUUUUAAAAAAAAUUAAAAAAUAAUUUGAAUAUUUUCUUACCUUUUUCCCCAAAAUAAUUUUAUAUCAUUAAAAAGAUCAGUUUCUUCUUUUUUAAGGCCGCUGGAGUGACAAGGCCUUUAGUUUCAACAGUGAUAAGGGGAGGAACUGAUGGCAAAUUGACAGAUGCACUAGACAGAAGGCUUUACAGAAACAGCGAGAUGCCUCAAGCUUUUAGGCUGGACAUUAUAGCAAAUGCUUAUGAAAAAGUAAUACACAUUAGUUCAAUGUCCAUUUAAAAAACUAUGUCAGAAAUAACACGGUAAAAGAUAGCUAGAUUGCAAGAGUGUUCUGCUCUAUGGCAUUGUGUCAAAAUGAAAUUUCAUCUUAAGUUUAGCAUAAUUUUAGAACUGAUGCGUAACAGAGUAAAUAGUAACAUAUACUAGCAGGUAUUACUAAUCUGAACCUAUGCGUUAUUUCAAAUUAUGAAAUAAUGCAAUUGUUAAUUGCGUUAAUUACGACAUUUCAUACUGUAUUAGUAUUAUACUGAAAAAUUAUGAAUUAUUGAGUAAUCUGAUUAUCAUCACGUGAGAUGUUGGGAUCAAUGAGCUUGUUAGGUAAGGUUUCUAGAAUCAAUAAUUUGUGUGUUUUCCAUUCUUGUAUAAUUAAUUCAGUUUUAGUGAAAUUGUAUAUAGGGAUUAGAUAAGGAGAGUGACUGCCAGCAGAAUAAUACUCAUAUUUAAAAUAUGUAUUGCAGAGUUCAGAAGAUGAUUUUAAUUUUGGAACAGAAUGUUUACUGCUAGCAAUGAAAUACUCUGACUGUCAAGCAUUCUUGGUGGAAGGAACGGAUGAUUUAUGGAAAGUAAGAAUAUAAGAAAAAUAACUUUUUUGAAAAUACUGUUUGAGUUUGAUUAAUUUGUAAUGCUCAGGAAUAGUUGUUCAAAAGAACGAAGUUGUUUCAAAUAAGUACAUAUUUUAUAAAAGUAUGUUAUGUAUAGGGGUCUCAGAGAACUAAAACAGCUGUUCACUUUUGAAUACCCAGUCCUGAAUUAAAGUUCUGAAUGAUUUAAAGCACUUUAUUAUUUAUUCACAUGAAGGUUUAAACUAAUGGCAUUUAAUUUAAUUAAUUCCUUUGAACCAUAACAGAAUUAUGUCUACUCUAAACUUAACUUGAAAGUUUUUUUUAACAAAUGUUGAUUUUCAUGAAAUUAUAUUAAAAACAAAGUUUUGUUUGUUAAAACAGGUAACUUACCAAAAAGAUCUUUACUCUAUGGAAUCAAUUGUGAAAGGUUGUGUUUUACACUUUUAAGUUUAAGUGCUUUUUUUAAGAGCUGUUUCACUUACAUGCUAUUUCCCAAAAUGAGCUAUAGCAAAAAAUACGAGUUACGAAGUGUAAUACAUAUUAAUCAACUAAUUUAUUUCAUAAAUCUUUCCCAAUUAUUAUAAUGUUAAUUCUGAUCUAUUAAAUUUAAAUUGAAUGCUUUUAUUUUUUUAUAUUAGUUUUCCUUUCCUGUUUACAAUUAAAUACAAUUUUCUUCAUUUGAUUUUCAGAAAAAUUUACACAAGUCUCAAUCAUAAAUAUGUGUAAAAGAAAAAGACUGACAGAUAUUGAUUUGUUAAACAACACAUUAAAAAAUUUGCAGUUGAAGGUUGGUUUUCUUAAUUUUUUUUCCUUUUGGAUAUCAAAUCAAUUUUUCAACACCAAAAUUCUUUGUGACUAAUGAUUUCAUUUUUUUAAAACAAAUUGUCCUCCUUUCCACUGUUUAAAAUUAUACAAUUUUUUUAUGAGCAUUCAAGCAGUUUUUUUGUGUUAUUUCUACCCACACCUGUCAAAUUAUUUUCUGUUUUCAGGUAACAGACACUGAAAAAGAACCAGCCAACACAUUUGUUAUACUAUUGGAAUCUAAAGCUAUCCCUGAUUUACAAGAACUAACCUCCACUAUAUCCCACACUUACAGCCGUUUACCAAACUCUGCUGUGAAUCUCAGAUUAUAUGUCCUGUUAGUCUUUGUAUGGAACCCAAGCUCUGAAUCUCAACUCGCUGAAACUCAAGGAUUAAAGCAAUUGACUAAAACUCCUGUCUGUGUGUUAAGUUAUGGUGAGUGCCAACCUGAAACACACCCAAAAGAUGCCCAGCUUAGCGGCAGUGAUGUGAUAAGUCCUGCAAUAGAUGUUGUUACAACCAACGUUACAAAUGAAUCUAGAGAAAGAACAUGCUGCGUUGGUGAAAAGAGGAGACUUGAUUCCAUGGUGUGUGAUAAAAAUGCAGUGCCAGCUGUCAGUGAUGUAGAUAAAUUAAAAGUUAAUAAGCCCACUUCAAAGAGCUUGGAUAAUUUGGGAUUGUGUUCAGCUGUGGUUAAACAAGUGAAGGAAAUGCUGGAAUCUGAAAGUUCUGGUGAUGACUCAACAGUAUUAGGGAUUUGUCUCAAGGUGAGCAACAUUCAUGAGAUGUAGUUAAUUUGUAUGCUAUGAGACUCAAUGUGCCCCCCAAAAAAAUAAUUUCUACUUUUUUAAGGGAAUACACUAAUCCAGGGUGUUGUAGAAAAAUGGGAAAAUGCAAAUGAGCGGAGUGUAUUCCAAGUCACUACUUUGGCUCAAUAGAAAGGCAAGACUGUACUGUUUCCUUUCAAAGUCUGAAGGCCUAUUUCAGUUGGAUUUGACCAAAACUAAUAACCCCCUAAAUGGUGGGUGUCCAUCUGAUAGAUAAAUGGUUGAGAAUAUGUAUAACAUUCAGCCAAAUGAAUGAUUCAGACUACUAAUGUGGUGCACAUUUAAUAGUUUCCUAAAUAUGAAGGUUCACAUAGUAAGCAAAAAAUAAAAAUAAAUUCAUGAAACUGAGCUAUCUUUGCUUUUUGGCAUUAUUUUACAGUAUAUUUUUAAAGAAAAAUUGCUUACUCAUAUUUAAAAUUUAAGUUCCUUUCUUCUUAUUCUCCAUUUAAAAUUAUGAGCUUCAAUUAAAUGCAUUCAUUGUCUUUAACUUAAACGAUGCAUAUAUUAAAAUUAGAACAUUCAAUAUUUUCUUUUUGACAGACAGAUUUCUUCGCAUCAGAACAAAUUUCAGAUCUCAUUUGGCAGAGGAGUUCAGGUUUGGAUGGUCAAGUUCUCAUCUAUUAAAGUUGUAUUCAUACAGAUUUUGAUAUGUGGAAACCUCUUCCUGAGAGGGGCAGGGAUAAACUCUCUUUUGUUAUGGAGUUGAAUUCUCUUCUCUGGGACCUACUGAUGCACAUGUGUAAAAGGAAAACUAGUUAUGGAGUUGAAAUCUCUUCUCC